GACCGCCCUGACAGCGCCCGGGCCGCUCCCGCGCAGGCGCCGCCGCCGGAGCUUCCGGCAACGCUGCCCUGGAUGGCGGAGCCCGGGGCUGGAGCGGCGGCGGAGCCCGGGGAGGGAUGGACGGAGGAGCCCGGGGAGGGAUGGACGGAGGAGCCCGGGGAUGGAUGGACGGAGGAGCCCGGGGAUGGAUGGACGGAGGAGCCCGGGGAUGGAUGGACGGAGGAGCCCGGGGAGGGAUGGACGGAGGAGCCCGGGGAUGGAUGGACGGAGGAGCCGCGGGAUGCACGGACGGAGCGGCGGAGGGGCGGACGGACGGCGGAGCGGCCGUGGCUGUGGGCGCCGGGCGGGCGCUGGCUGGCAGCCGUGCUGUCCGUGCUCGUGGUCGCGGCCCCGCUGCCGUGUGCAGGCCAGAGCAGCCUGCAGAGCCCCGAGAAUGUGCAGGUGCAGGUGGUGAACACCAACUUCACUCUGAGCUGGGAUUACAGCGGGGGGGACCCCAACGUGACCUUCUCAGCAGAGUUCCAGUGGCCGACGCUGGAGGACGCGGGCUGGCGGGCGCUGCCGGGGUGCCAGGCUGUGGCUGGCAGGGGCUGUGACUUCUCCCCGGCCAUCUCCGAGUACUACGACGCCCACUACGUGCGGCUGAGGGCCCGGGCAGGGCCGCUGCUGUCCCCAUGGUCCCCCGUCCUGGAGAUGGUGCCCGAACACCUCGCUCAGAUUGGUCCACCAGGACUGGCAUUGCAGUCCACAGAUGGAGUUGUAAAAGUUAAGGUUUCUCCUCCAGAGGCAAACCAGAGGAAGAAAAUGUGGAUCGAUGAUCUAAGUUUUAAAUAUAACCUGGUCUUCUGGGAAAAUUCGUCACAUGCUCAGCUGCAGAGUAAAACCAUUUUCCCUGUUGACAGCAUUGAUGAUCUUGCCCCAGACAGCACCUACUGCUUCAAGGUUCAGGCAUAUCUGCCCCUGGAGGCGAAGUGGGGCUUGUUCAGCCCCACCAGCUGUGUGAGGACCACCCAGAAAGUGCAGGACCCCCUGUGUGCAACCAACGUGAGCGUCCUGGCUUUGAACAUGAAAUUCCAGCUGCUCUGGAGCAGCCAGGAGCACCAGGAGGUGAACUACAACGUGCAGUACCUCUAUGGCUUCCAGAAGAAGCUCAACGAAGACUACUCGGACAAGUGGCACAGUGUCCCCGGCUGUGAGAAUGUCACCAGCACCUGCUGCAGCUUCUCCUCCAUCAUCACCAACAUGGGCUUCUACUACCUGCGAGUGCAGGCCAGGGGGGCACACAACAAAUCCUGCCUGUCCAGGGAGGUCGAGGUGGAUCCUCUCGAAACGAAUGGGAUUGGCCCUCCUGGUGUAAAGCUGGACCUCAGUGACACCGUGCUCCACGUCAUUAUUUCUCCUCCAGGAGGACCUGAGGCUGAAGUCAUGAGGGACAAUUAUGAUUUGUCCUACAGGAUCCUGUACUGGAAGAAUUCCUCAGAUAAUCAGGAGGAGGUGCAGCAGAAGGAGGUGAAGCAGACCAUCGCCGCCGUGCCUGCCGUGUCCCCCUCCAGCCUGUACUGUGUGCAGGUCCAGGCCUUCUCCGAGCCCUACAACAAGAGCAGUGCCUACAGCCAGCAGGAGUGCAUCCACACCCCUGCAGGUACCAAUUUACCAGUGAUCAUUUUUGGUAUUUUCUUGGGUGCCCUGCUGGUUGUCCUGCUGGUGGCCGCCCCUCUCCUAUUUUUGCUCUACCAAGCCUACAGCAAAAUCAAAUACGUGUUCUUCCCCUCCUGCCAGCCCCCCCUGAACAUCGAGGGCUUUGGAGCACAGCCCUUCAGCAGUCCUUACCUGUCAGCUGCAGAGGAGCCAGUGGAAAAUUGCUGUGUGAUUGAAUCCAUGAUCACAGAAGAGGGAAAUGAGAUUGACUUUACAGACUACAAACAUUCCACACACAGCAGUCGAGACUCUGGGAAUUAUUCCAACGACAACAACUCUUCUGGGAGCAAAGGAUCCAAGGAAACACUGGAAAAGGAACUCCUGUAACUUUGGGAAAACAAAAUUAAUUUAUGGGAUUGUCAACUUCACACACACUGCAAACCUCUGUGUGAUGGAAGUCCCAGCCUGAGGGGGACCCUGUGACCUCUGGGACCCUGAGGAGGACACUGUGACCUUGGGGACCCUGAGGGGGACACUGUGACCUCUGGGACCCUGAGGGGGACGCUGUGACUUUGGGGACCCUGAGAGGGACACUGUGACCUUGGGGACCCUGAGGGGGACGCUGUGACUUUGGGGACCCUCAGAGGGAUGCUGUGACCUCGGGGACCCUGAGGGGGACGCUGUGACCUCUGGGACCCUGAGGGGGACGCUGUGACUUUGGGGACCCUGAGGGGGACACUGUGACCUCUGGGAUGGCUGGAUUUGGGCUGCCAGAGCUGCCCUUGCUGGGGGAGCUCCUCAGCCCUGGCUGGGAGUGUCCCUGGUGUCCCCACCCUGCCCAGGGCUGCCCCUCUGCACCAGGAGCAGCCUUGGGCCCUUCUCUACUUGAAGCUGAGCAAAGGCUCCCUGCUCCAGCAGGGCUGCUGCUCUGUGUGGAGUCACUCCCGCAGCGUUUACACAGCCAAAGGAAAUCCGUGCUGGAGACAAUCCCGUGGAAUCUUCACUUUCUCUGCCAGCCCCUGUGCAGGGCCUGGCUCGGCAGGUCCAGAGCUAAAGGUGCCAAGGGAGCACGAGGAGCAGCAGGGAGGAGGUUGGGAUUCCUCAGGGAUUCCUCAGGGAUUCUUUAGGGAUUCCUCAUGGGAUUCCUCAUGGAUUCCUCAGGGGAUUCCUCAGGGGAUUCCUCAAGGGAUUCCUCAUGGGAUUCCUCAUGGAUUCCUCAGGGGAUUCCUCACAGAUUCCUCAUGGAUGUGGCCGGGAUGCUCCCAGGGAUGUGCCUCACUCCCUGUCCAGGCCAGGUUGGAGCCUGUGGCUGGAGCAGCCUGGGGCAGUGGGAGGUGUCCCUGCCGUGGCAGGGCUGGCUUGGGAUGAGCUUUAGGGUCUCUCCCAGCUCAUUCUGGAAUUAGCAGUGGGAUGCAGGAAUUGCCUUUAGCAGGGGGCUGAGCUUGGCACUCAGAGCUUUCCCAGCUUAGUCCUGUUUUGCCAACAGACUUUUCUUUAGACAAAUGAUCAGGAUGUGCUGCAGCAACAUUUCAGUUGCUAUAUUCUGUGUUUUCCAUGCUGACUCCACUGUCUUCCGGAGUAUUUUUUUUUUUAAGUACUUUAUUUUUUUAUGGAGAAACUGCUCUGGACUCAGCUGGGUUUGAGCAUCCCGUGGGCUGCUGUUUUUUUGUUCUAACUAGGAACUCUUGGUGUUUAUAUAUACUGUUUUUUUAAUUUUGAAGAUAUUACCUAAUUUUAUAAAUUUCCUGUCCCUGUGUUCUUUGAAGAACAUAAUAAAUUUUGCACAUUUGCUUCUUA